AUGACUCAAAUGUUGAGUUUCAUGAAGGACAUUAAGGAUGAGCAUGAAAGGGCUAGGGAAGCUCGGAAUCGGUAUGAGGAAAUGCCAAACGAUGGCAAUCCACUGUUAGGAUAUGUUCGAGGCUUUGACCCUCAUAAGUCAAACGCCCACUCAUCAAAGAGGGUUACCAAAACCCAUGAAGAGGGAGAAGCCUCCCAUGAAGGAUUUAUUCCCGCCACUCAGAAAGAGGGGGCGCCUCGCACUGUUCGCAUCCCUGCUAGCAAUCCACCCAAGGAUGAGGAUUAUGUGGAUUUACAAUAUGGGGAAGUGGACGAACCAAAUCAGGAGUCCCAACAUAAGCAAACUCAAGCUGAUUCUGAGGAAAGUGCUAGAAAUAGUGGACAAAUCAAGGCGCUGGAAGAAAGGAAGAUGGCUGCUUACGCCAAUGAUCAAAAGCUAAUGAUGCAUUUCUUCCAAGACAGCCUGAGUGGGGCAUCUGUUGAAUGGCCUAUGCCACCUCCGAUUCCCGGAAAAGCUACACCCAAUUUCAAAGCUAAUGAAAGGUGUGAAUUUCACGCCAAUUCUCCUGGACAUACAUUGGAAAAGUGUUGGGCUUUUAGGCACAAGGUUCAGGACCUAAUAGAGUCAGGGGCAAUUGCUUUUGACAAACCUAAUGUAAAGACGAACCCCAUGCCUCGCCAUGAUGGCACAGUCAAUGCAAUAGAGGUAGUCACAGAGCAGGAGUUAGUUCAACAACGGAGUUCCCCCAUAGACGCCCUUAAGAGGUAUCUACUCGCAAGAGGGUUCAUCCUAGAACAUAACGAGGCUUUCAAGAAAACCUUGCAAAGGCUGGUGGAUCAAGGGGUAAUCCAAUUUGAGGAACAUCCCGAAGAGGAAUAUGUGGCCAUGAUGGACAGGAAUGAACCAUUGAUGAUACCUAGGCAAGGGGCAAGGAAGACAUUGAUCAUCCCUUGCGCCAAAGCGCCAGUGUUGAUACCCACACAAGUACACACUAGGAUCAUCCCAGUCAGAGAUCCGUACCCUAUGGACAAAAUGAAAGCAGUCCCUUGGGAAUAUGAGUCUAAUACUAGUACCGAUGUGACAAACAUCGCUGGGCCUGGGGGCAUGACUCGUAGUGGUCGCAUAUUCAAUACGGAAAAAUCAAAGGAGAACUUAGCACAGGCAAGUGAUCAAGCUACCGUGGUCCCGACUGAGAAAAACACAUCCAAAGACAAAGAAACCACUAACAAAGAUGCUGAAGAGUUCUUGGCGUUGAUUAAGAAAAGUGAUUAUAAGGUAGUGGACCAGUUGCACCAAACUCCAUCCAGGAUAUCACUCCUCUCGCUCUUUAGUGACCAUGAGCUACCCCCACAAGGGAAAGAGCAUAACAAAGCCUUGCAUAUAUUCAUACAAUGCGGGAAAGCCCAUCUAUCUAGGGUUCUGAUUGACACAGGUUCGUCAUUAAAUGUGAUGCCAAAAUCCACCUUGGACAAGAUAGACUUGGAAGGACUAGUAAUAAGACCAAGCCGUCUGGUGGUCAAAGCCUUCGAUGGGUCGCAAAGCCCGGUGUUUGGAGAGGUGGACCUCCCUGUGGUAAUAGGCCCCCACACUUUCUGCAUCAAUGUCCAAGUAAUGGAGAUUGAACCUGCAUAUACCUGCUUAUUGGGACGUCCUUGGAUUCAUGCUGCUGGGGCAAUUACCUCCACUCUGCAUCAAAAAGUAAAAUUUGUGGAUGGAAACUCUAUAGUAACUGUCAAUGGGGAGGAGGACAUAUUUGUCAGUAAUCUGGACUCGUAUCGAUACAUUGAGGCUGGAGAAAAAGCAUUAGAGACUUCGUUCCAAGCACUAAAGAUCGCAACUGCUGUCACGCUACCAAUUGAGAAAACGCGAAGGGCGGUAACAUCUUGGAGAGACCUGCAAGACACAAAGAUGGAAGGCGGGGCAAAGUUCCAGAAGUGCAAGAGAAAAGAGAUCGUCUGGGGUUAG